GCUGAGGGUUCAUAGAGUCGGGAGGGGAUGGGAAACAGCUCAAUUAAUAAUCGGCGGGGCAGUGUCUUGGCAAAAAGUUUCAAUUAAACUUAACAUGGGGGGGUUUAUUACUUAGUUAUUAAUUAAAAGCAAGAGAACGCUAUAGUCGAACUAUAUUUAAGGAAUAUCGGUAGAAAUUGGGGAAAGAAUAAUUUGAAUACUGUAAGGUGCGGACGGGGUAUAUUGGAAUGGACGUGAAUGUUCAUAUGGACGGACAGACGAAUCCUGAUCAAGAAUUUUUAUUCUUUAUAUUCCUUCUGCUAGUGACAUACUUUUCAACGAAUCUAGUAUAGAAACGAAGGCUAGUCUGCGAUCAGCAUUGGUUAAUUGGCCGUGAUAGGCAAAUAAUUAAACAAUAUUUAAGCAAACAUCUAGAUUAAAACUCGCUGCAAAUCGAAUUGUAAUGGAUUUUGACCAGUCUGCCUUUGAGCUCCAAUCGAAUCUGUUUAGGUUGGUUAGUCAAUUUAGAAAGAUGUGUGCUAGGCGCAUCGGCUUCAUAUUGGUAUUGACUCUCCUGUAUUCUGCAGUAGAGGUUAUUAUUUUGAAGGACACAAUUAUACACAUUUUUAUAUGUUAAACCACACUUUAAGAUAUCCUCCAAGUUUGAAUUCACCCACGUAGAAUGCAAGUCUUUGGAUAAGUCCUUUGACGACUUUGAAUAUUGCCAUCUGAAAUCCUUCAACCGGAGCUAUAAGUAUCUAUCGCUCAAAGUCAAACUAUUCAAAACGCCGAUCAUGAAGGUCAAGGUUCGAGCCAUUCUUUUCAAGCGCUACAACGGCUAUAAGCCAUUCAUGUUCAAUGUCACAGUGGAUGCCUGCAGGUUCCUGAAGAAUACAAAGUCAAAUCCGGCAGCCUUGUACUUCUUUGAAUUCCUGAAACCGUACUCCAACAUGAACCACACGUGUCCCUUCGAUCACGAUUUGAUUGUGGAGAAACUGGAAGUUGGCUUUGUGAACCAUCAGGCAACAAAGGUCUUGCCCUUUCCCGAAGGAGACUACCAACUGGAAACCCACUGGAUUGCCUACGACAUCGACCGAGCCGUGGUGAAAGUAUAUGGCACCCUCUCCUGAUCGGUUAGCUAUCACCAAACUGGUAAACUUUGUUGGCAUGUGUAAAUUGUAGACACUAAAAACUAUUUUUAAUAAACAAAACUAUACCAAACUCAUUAUGUGGGUUCAUUGUGAUUUUCUGGCUUGGUGGAGCUAUUAAUUGCUUUGGAAAUUGAUUUAUGUUGCUGAAUCAAUAGAAUAUUAAUAGGGUUCUGUAAAC